AUGUUUGAAAGUAUAUGUAAUGAUAAACUAUUGGAUAAACAAAUUGUAUGGUUUACUACCAGACCAUCAUUGAGCUCAUGUAUGCUGAAUACAUGGUUCGUAUGGAUACCCAGUCUGUUCGUGUGGUUAUACAUACCGUACAUGUUAUACAAAUAUAAUAGUAGUAUACGUAUGGAUAGCAAUAAAAAUGUAAUCAAAUGGAACUUAUAUAACACCAGUAGAUUGUUUGUGGCCAUUGCCAGCACUGGUAUCCUAAUAUCAAUGUUAGCAUUGAGUUUGUGCCGCAAAUAUCAAUGGUCGGACAGUCCCAGUACGGCAUACAUUAUAGCCGUUGCCAUUCAAACCAUUACAAGACUAGAGCUUUGUUUUGUGUUUUUCAUUCACCAAUUAUCAGGUAUUACGACCAGUGGUUGGAUUUGGUUAUACCUAUUAUUGGAUACUAUUUUAAGUGGUCUAUCACUGGCUACAUAUGCCACUCAUAAUAUGCUAGAAAAUUAUGAAUUCAUACUCUAUUGUAUAAAUUUUGUACUAACUGUCUGUCUAUUAAUCUACUGUACAUUUGCCGAUCAAUUGCCACUAGAAAAUUGCAACAACUUUUAUACCGAUACUGACUCCGACUUAUGGACUAAACAUACUGUUUGUCCCAAAUCGGGCGCAUCCUAUGCAUCGCGUAUAACCUAUCAGUGGGUAAAUCGGCUACUAUUGAAAGGUUGGCUAAACAAGUCACUAGUAUUUGACGAUCUAUGGGCACUGCGCCGGGAGGACAGUACUCUCUAUAAUUAUAAUCGUUUUUUGAAACAAUGUUUAAUGAUUAAGUUUAUUGAAGAUCCCGGUGCUCCCCAAUGGCACGGCUAUGUCUAUACUAUACUAUUGUUGGCCAUCAAUGUUAUCGCUGCCAUUGUUCAGGCAAUGUUUAGCGAGUAUAUCGGUUCAACAUGUUUACGUAUUAAAUCGUGUCUAACAUCAGCCGUCUAUCGCAAGUCACUAGUGCUGAGUAAUAGUGCCAAACGGCGCACACCUACCGGUGAAAUAGUCAACAUUAUGGCCAUUGAUUGCCAACGAAUUAGCGAUGAAACCGUAAAUCUGAUUACAAUACUAUCAAAUCCUAUUCAACUCAUAAUAGCCGUCUAUCUGUUAUACCUACAAUUAGGUGUGGCCACAUUUGUCGGCCUAUCCUAUAUGUUGGUAUCGCUUAUCAUCAAUGUUUUAGUCGGUUUAUAUACUGUACUAUUGACUAACCAAUUGAUGUCAAUCAAAGACAAACGUCAAAACUUGAUGAACGAAAUACUUAACGGAAUUAAAAUUUUAAAAUUGUAUGCCUGGGAGGAGGCGUUUAUGGGUUUAGUUGAAAAAAUUAGGACCAAAGAGUUGGACAAAUUUGUUAGAUUUGGCCAAUCGAUUACCGUUUAUAUUGUAUUAAGUUUUACCAGUCCAUUAAUUUUCCAAUUGAUAACCUAUUGUACGUAUGUGGCCAUCAAUCAGGGUGACCAACUGCACCAAAUAAAUGCAUCAAAAAUAUUUGUAUCGCUGGCAUUGUUUAAUUUGGUCAGGCAGAUAAUGUUUACAUUGCCAAUAACGUUUAAUGCAAUUACAUUGAUAUACGUAUCAUUCAAACGUAUUGAACAGUUUCUCAAUAGUGAUGAACACUUGAAUUAUAUUGAAAACAAUAUAUCAAAUAAUAAUUGUUUGAUUAAUGUUGAAAAUGCAUCGUUUAAUUGGGAAUCAGAUAUAAAUAUAAUUGAUGGACAGUUUGUGGCAAUAGUAGGCAGUGUCGGGUCCGGUAAGAGUUCAUUGAUGUCGGCCCUGUUUGGCGAUAUGAAUCUGAUAAGUGACGGUAAGGGUAGAGUCAACAUUAGGUCUGGUAUUAGUAUAGCUUAUGUACCACAACAGGCCUGGAUAUUGAACUGUACGAUCAAAGAGAAUAUAUUGUUUGGUAAACCCAUGAACAGGGAACUGUAUGAUCAGGUGCUCGACAUGUGUGCACUCAUAGAGGACUUACUACAGCUGCCAGACGGCGAUCAGACAGUGAUCGGCGAAAAGGGUGUUAAUCUGAGUGGCGGUCAAAAACAAAGAGUCAGUUUAGCCCGAGCUGUCUAUUCCGGUGCCGAUCUAUACUUACUCGACGAUCCACUUUCUGCUGUGGACAGUCAUGUGGCCAAAACAAUUGUCAGAAAAGUACUCGACUCGAGAACCGGUAUUCUCAACAAUAAAACCCGUUUAUUAGUAACAAAUCAAUUGUUUGUAUUACCCGAUGUCGACCUAAUUGUUGUCAUAAAAGACGGCAUAAUUACAAGUCUUUACAUGAAAUAUGCCAAACAUUUAGGUCCGUACUGUUCACUGGGUUUCCUAUUGUCAAUAAUCACAUACAAUGGCCUACUGUUUGGUUCAUCGUUUUGGUUAUCAAUAUUUAGCAACAAUAUUGACAUCAAUACCAGUAGUAGCCAACAAUCAUCGGCUAAUACUACUACUACUACUACUAACGACUACUACUAUUAUUUGGCCAUUUUUAGUAUCUUUGUCGGCGCUACUAUUGUUACAACAUUGACCAGCCGUUUGUUUAUUGUCUACGGUAUACGUCGGGCCUCCACUCGUCUACACCGGCAACUGUUGUCGAGUGUAAUGCAUUCACCGAUGAAUUACUUCGAUAGGACACCAAUCGGCCGACUGAUGAACCGAUUUGGUAACGACACCGAUGUUAUGGAUCGAUCGCUACUGUUUACUAUCAAUUUAGAGUCGACUACACGAUCGCCAAUAUAUUCACAUUUUGGUCAAACAUUGGCCGGUUUGUCCAGCAUUAGGGCCUACAAGUGUAUCGAUCGGUUUGUACGGGAAUCCGAUAGACGAGUAGACAUCAAUCAGAUGUGUCUCUAUCCUAAUGUUGUAGCAAACAGUUGUCUACAGAUUUGGUUGACAUCACUCAGCAAUUGUCUGUUAUUUUUUGCCGCACUGUUUGCCGUACUGGGGAAAGGCAGUCUAACCGGCAGCGAUAUAGGACUAUCCCUAUCCUAUGCACUGUCGUUGACACUAAUUUUAGACCAGUUUAUCAAAUCGUUUUCACAGUUGGAAAACAAUAUGGUUUCAGUCGAACGUAUUGACGAAUACUGUCGAUUGGAAAGUGAAUCCGAUUGGCAUCGAUGUGAUGAUGACUACCCGUUAGCCGAUAACUGGCCCGACAGGGGAUCCGUUAGGUUUGAGGGUUAUGCCACCAGAUAUUGGAUUGGAUUGGAUUUGAUACUCAAUGAUAUUGAUGUCAAUAUUAAACCGGGAGAAAAGAUAGGUAUUGUUGGCCGAACCGGUGCUGGAAAGUCAUCGCUAACUUUGGCUCUGUUUAGGCUCAUUGAACCAGCAAUGGGUCGGAUAGUCAUUGAUGGCAUAGAUAUCGGACGGUUAGGUCUACACGAGUUGCGCUCUCGGCUAACAAUUAUACCUCAAGAACCCAUACUAUUUUCGGGUACAAUUCGCUUCAAUUUGGAUCCGUUUGGCCAGUUUUCCGACGAUCACUUGUGGACAGUGUUAGAUCAGUCGCAUCUCAAAGAAUUUGUUGCCGCCAAUGAUCGGGGACUCGACUGGUCGGUCGCCGAAUCGGGUGAUAACAUGAGUGUUGGUCAACGACAGCUCAUAUGUCUGGCACGGGCUCUGUUACGUAACACUCAUAUCCUUAUCCUCGAUGAGGCCACGGCUACUGUCGACAUCGAAACCGAUGCACUCAUACAGCAAACCAUACGUCAAGAGUUUAGUUCGUCGACUGUCCUAACGAUUGCCCACCGAAUCAAUACAAUUAUGGACUCCGAUCGGGUGUUAGUCCUCGACAGCGGACGGGUAGCCGAGUUUGCCGAACCCGACAGUUUGCUGGCAAACAAAUUGUCAAUUUUUUAUACACUGGCCAGUGAUGCCGGUAUUGUUUGA